CUCCGGAGGUGUGACUCUCAACGUCGUGCUCCCUUUUCGUGCCGCUCGCCAGUCUGUGCGGCUCUGCUCGACUUCUCACAGGCUGCGAAAGCAUUCUGGAUAGUGUCGUUCACGCUCCAAUCGCGCUCGAAGAUCGCAAGAGAGACUUACGCGAGAGUCGCUACAAUGCCGCGAUUUCUUCAGCUAUUCCUUCUCGCCUCGAUGGUGCUGCUGCUUCCCUCGCUCUUCUACCUCUCGCGAGAAAAGACACCGUAUAUCCCUUCGGAGGAUGUGGCGCUGAUGCAGACAUCACAGGGCCACGGCCCAGAGCCGGCGCCCGUGGACGCGAGUGUGGAGCAGAGCUGGAAGUGGGGCGCCGACAAGCUGGGAUCGUUGAAGGAGUCGGCGGGCAAGCUCUUCGAGGCAGCAAAGAACAAGGAAACAGACACUUGGCGGGCGGGGAAUGGCUCGCCUUCGAACAGCGACAAGGCAAAGGCAAAGAGCGGAUCUGCGAACGGUGGCGCGGGAUUAGUCGCGCUGGACGCCACAACGGACGGCGCCAUCAUGGGCAAGAUGGCAAACGAGACGGCAAAAGCCGAACUGGGCCGGGCGACUUGGAAGUUCCUGCACACCAUGACGCUUCGCUUCCCGGACCACCCGACAGAAGCAGAGCGCGAGUCGCUCAAGCAAUUCUUCCAUCUAUUUUCAAGGCUGUACCCCUGCGGCGAGUGCGCCAGCCACUUUCAACAGCUGCUCAAGGAGCUUCCGCCACAGACGAGCAGUCGAAUGUCGUCCGCCCUGUGGCUUUGCGCGGCGCAUAACAAGGUCAACCAACGGCUGGGCAAACCCGAAUUCCCGUGCGACAAGCUCGACGAGACGUACGACUGUGGCUGUGGCGAUGGCAAGGCAAAAGAUGGCUCUGCUCUCGGUACGACAGGGGAGGACACAGCGGCGACGGCUGCGGUGGCAGCAGAGGCUGUAACAAAUUCAAAGACCGACGCAGAGAUGGACAGAGCGAAGCACGAGGCUGUUGUUGUCCCAAGAAGUGCUCGAGGAGCAGGAAAGGAACGAGGAUGCUGUGGGUCAGGGGCGCACCAAUAACCUUGGACACACUUUUUGUCUAGGUGGCCAACCGAUCCGAUGCCAGUCCGAUGUUGCACCCUAGAGCCUGUUCUCUGUAUUUUUAUUCUCUCACACCCCUACUACGGUCCAGGACAAUGAUUGGUCACCAUUUCUAUUGAAGACUGAGGCGAAGUGCCGAUCAAAGCCGAGCCAGGGCGAUACAGUCUCUAGACCGACGAGGAGGAGAUGAUCGGCUUGACUAGCUUCCGGGGCAGAUCGGGCUCCCAGCCCUUGGUUUGCGCUGUCUGAGUUGAACUGCAAAUGGAAGAUGGUCUGAGGAAGAAGGCAGACGUCGGCGUGGACUUCCAUGCCAAGUGGGAUGGUUGGCCGGUAGGGCGACGCAGACGAAGGUUUGAGGGGAAGGAAA